AUGCUGCGUCCAACAUGCGUACUGUCAGCGGCGGAGUUCAAGCAGAAGUCGCGCUGGUCCAGCGUGUGGCCGAACAUGCGCUAUGGUGCCAUGUAUCUCAACUACAGCGUUGGCCGUCAGCUUCCGAUGAGAGGUGUGAACUGGGUGACGCGAGAUUCGAACCGGCUCGCUAACUUUGCCGCACGCUACGGCAGCGUCAUCCGAGAUGUUGAUGUGAAGCGCAACGAGGAGGAGCUGAACAUUCAGAUGAGCGACUUGCGGUGGAACGACCACCGCCGCAUCUACUGGAAAUGUAGCUUUUGUGGCUCGUCGUACCGCAAGAAUGUCUCGGUGCGCACAAAGUUUCAUGCUGGGUGCAACCUCUGCAAGGGCCGCUACGCCUCCGAGGUUCUGAGAGAGCAGACCCCUGUGGUUGCGCUGAAAGAGGCGCAGCCGGAGCUGUUCAAGGGCCUGGCGGAGAAUGAAAAGAACGAAAACAUAGGCUUGCUGAGCGUAACGAGCAAGUUCCGCGCUGAGUGGAAGUGCCAGUCGUGUGGGCAGCCGUACCGCGCGACAAUCCGUAGUCGCACCGGGCUUACGGAGCCCGGGCAGGCACCCCUGCACCCGCAAAUUACUAAGUGGUCUGCGCACUGCCCCUCGUGCGCGUGGCGGGUGAACAUGACUGACCUAGGCCGGAAAGCACAAAAGGAGGGUCAGUACCUGGGUCUUGAUGCCUCAUUGACGGAGGCGGCGAGUGCGGCAGCUGGCAAACGGAUCCCGCGUCGCAAGAGGCUUGUGACGUGA